UGAAAUUUAUUCAAUGUGUUUCAGUCGACACCCUGAGGUGAAGUGGGCUCAAAGGCAGGAUAAGGUUUAUAUGACUGUGGAAUUGCCAGAUUCUAAAAAUGCCAAUAUUAAUCUUGAUCCUCAAGGACUUUUUACAUUCUCUGGUACUGCUGGACCUGAAAGCCUGAAUUAUGAAUUAACAUUGGAUCUUUUUGAUGAGGUUAAUGUCGAGAAAAGCAAAAUUAGUGUUGGUGUGAGGGGUAUAUUUUGUGUAUUGGAGAAAGUCGAAAUAAAAUGGUGGAAGAAACUUCUGCGAGGAGAUGGAAAGACGCCUCACAAUGUGAAAGUAGAUUGGGACAAAUGGGUGGAUGAAGAUGAUGAUCAGGAUACAGGUACGUACGUACUUGCCAAUAUUAAUUAAUCUAAUUUGUUUUGAAUGAA